UCUUUAACAUAUUUCUUGGUAGUUCUGUACAGCAGCCAUUCAAUAUGGCGGUCCACAGACUAGCAUGUUUGGGUCUGAAUGUCCUUGCUUCUUCUGUGUGCGCACCAAAGCAGGUAACUUACUUAUUUUAUGUUUUGUUUGGUGGUUGGGAUGUCUUCUUAACACUGCUUCGCGUAUUAAAUUUGGGAGAUGGAGAACGCAGCAUUUAAGGUGUAAACUAGCAUAGCUGGUCGUUAGCUUUCUGGCGUUAGCUUCUAUGCUAAUGACAAACUAGUUAUUCACUGUUUCCAAAAUCUACAGAGCCAUCGUAAUGGUUAGGGGCUUGUCUAACUAGUAGCAAUAGAGGAACUAAAGUUUGUAAUAACAUCUGUCAGUUAACAGACUCGUGUCAUUUCUUACCUGUUUCAUGGGAACUCUUCACCCGUGUUGUACCGUCUCCCCUCCCUCACAUCUGUCCAUAGUUGCAAUGAAUUGUACCAUGACCCAGGGCCAAUUUAUACCCUUUUAAAGUGUAUUGUUAAUGGUAAAUCAUGGGUGGCAGGGAACUAUUUACAGCUCAACCAGAAAAAAACUCAGGUUUUAGUCAUUGGUACUGGAGCUCAGAGGAAAAAAAAACUGGAUGCAAGACUCCAAGCACUGUCUUUUAAUCCUUGUAAGUGCAGAAUCUAGGCGUGAUAGUUGGUCAAAAUCUCAGUUUAAAGCCUCAUAUGAAAGAAACCACAAAACACGCUUUAUCAUCACCUGUAAAACAUUGCAAAAGUGCGACACUUUUUCUCUCAAGCCAGUGAAAAUGCUUGUAUUACAUGCAGAAUAGACUAUUGUAGUGCUUUUCUUUAUGGGCAUCUUUCAGCUUCAGCUGCUACAAAACUCAUCUACAAGGAUGCUGCUGAAGACCAGAAAGGCAGCUCUUUGUUAUUACAGCCCACGUCUGUGAAACAGUCUAUCUUAAGACCUGAGGACAGCACAUAUCAGAGAGUUUGUAUUUUUAAAAGUGAAAUUAAGGCCCACCUUUUUAGUCUGGCUUUUAACUGAGUCUUACCUCAGUCAAUUUACUUAUGUAUAUUUAUUUUUUACCCUAAAUUGUGUUUUACUUUAGUCAGCCAUGUGUUAUACUGUAUUUAUUUAUUUUCAUUUUAUUAUUUAUAAAUUAUUUAUUGAUAUAUUUAUUAUCUUUAAUUACCUUAGUGUCUUAUCUUAGUUUAUUUAUUUUGUAGCUAACUUGAGGGUGUAAUCUAGUAGUAUUUUUAUUGUCCUUUUCAAGUUUUAUCAAGUUUACCUCCAGACAUUUAUACAACCCCAAUUCCACAUCAGUUGUACAGCUGUGUAAAAUGAUGAUAAAAACAGCAUUUGAUAGUUUGCUUGAACUCUGUACAGGCCCUGAGGAACUGCUGGGGUAUGAUGGAGCAGGCGAGGAGUUACUAUGUUGACUGGAGGAUGCUGAGGGACCUCAAGCGAAGACAGAUGGCUUUUGACUAUGCUGAUGAAAGGCUACGGAUCAAUGCACUGAGGAAGAAUAUUAUCCUCCCAAAGGAACUUCGGGUACAGAAAAUAAUAUUAGCUAAUGCAACAUAAUACAAUUUUUAUCAUAACUCUGUGUCUUUUACACUAUUUACAAGAGAAAAUCUUUAGAUAAGAAGUUUUGUUGUAUGUAUAAAAUCAUCAAUAAUAUAAAUUGGAGUUGAGUUUCAGUUAUGUUUUAUUUAUCUUGUCAUAUUUUCAAAUAAAGAGUGAAAUACUUAUCUGAUUUUUGCAGGAGGUAGCAGAUAAAGAAAUUGCUGCAUUACCACGUGACAGCUGCCCUGUCAGAAUCCGCAACAGGUGUGUGAUGACCUCAAGACCUCGUGGAGUGAAGCGAAGGUGGCGACUGAGCAGGAUUGUCUUCCGACACUUAGCUGACCACAGUCAGAUGUGUGGGAUUCAGAGGGCGAGAUGGUGACCAGGGAUCCAUGAUUCUAUGGCCAGACUGGAUCGCAAAGGAAAAAAUGAGAAUAUGAGGACGUUGACUAUCAUACAUUUGGCCUUAAGGCGACUGGGGUCUUUGGAGCUUUUGACAGUGGGGAGAUUCAUGUCAAAAGUGAAUCUACUGUGAUGGCUGCAGCAAAUUUUCAGUGUUUUAUUUAUCCUGUUAAUGUCUUUUUUGCAAAUUCUCUGUUUUGCUCCUCUUGUUAUAGCAUAUCCAUAUACAUAUAAAACAGGAAGUGAUACUGCAGCUGCUUCAAAACGCAAAUGUAUGUGUGCAUUGUUGCCCCUUUUAAAAUGUAUAAAUAAAUUCCAUUAUAUGUAUUGAACAACUCUUUUUAUUUUGGAAGUGCAGACACUAAUAAGUUUUAUAAGGUAUGAAUGAAAA